AUGUUCAACCUGAAGAACCGAAGCUCAGGUCUGAACCAGAGACUGAAGGAACAUGUGGAACAUCUGCAGAGGAACAUCUCAGAAUCUUCUCCACUGAAACCUGCAGCUGAAGUUCUGGAGCUCAGGGCUCAGCUGGAGGACCAGGUCAGGACCAACUUUAACUCGACCAGAACUUUAGAAGAACAUCUGGAACAACUGCACCAGGAGAGCACAGCUGAAGUGUCUGAGGUGAAGCUGGACCUGAAGGAGCUCAGCCUCAGACUCUCAGCUCAGACUGAGCGCGUGCGGUCGCUCCUGGAGACGCUGGAGGGGCGGAGCCAAGCUGCAGCAGACGAACUUCACUCUGUGUCUGAGAAAAUCACAGAGAUUCAGACUCAGACUGAAGGUGAUGUUUCUGCUCUGAAGUCUGAGCUGAGCCUCCUGCAGACCAGAGGGUCGUCCACAUCUGCUCAGACCAACCAACACCUGGAACAUCUGCAGAGCGACGCCAAGGUCCUGUCGCUGCGUCUGGAUUCUCUGGAGUCACAUCUGGGGCAGCUGCACACGGAGAACAAAGCUCAGUCUGACCAGGCCGAGUCUGUGGAGAAACAUCUGGAGCAGCUGCAGAGGGAGAACAAAGGUCUGAGGCUGGAGAAACAUCUGAAACAUCUGAGACCAAAGACCAGACCAGACCUUCCAUCACUACCUGCUCCAGACUCUCCUCAAACACCUCAGACCUGCUCCAGACUCUCCUGCUCCAGACUCUCCUCAAACACCUCAGACCUGCUCCAGACUCUCCUCAAACACCUCAGACCUGCUCCAGACUCUCCUGCUCCAGACUCUCCUCAAACACCUCAGACCUGCUCCAGACUCUCCUCAAACACCUCAGACCUGCUGCAGGCUCCAUGA